AUGAGUGCUCCCCGAUCACCUUAUCGUCGAGGCCCAUGGAAUUCGACGACGCGCCUCACGCCAGCGAUAGAUAAUGUGCUUAGCGAGCGACAAGAGGGAAGGCAUGAUGAGUUGAGGAAGAAGAUGGUGGCUGAUUAUGCGGGAAAGGAGAAUCUGCGGUUGGAAAGUGAGAUCGACGAGCGUAAACAUGAUCUGAUCAGCUUAAUCGAGCGCAAGUAUGUCUGCACUGAUAGGAGCCGGAAAGCACAAUUCUUUACUUUGGAUGUGAUCUCUGGUUGGGCUUUCGAUCAAGCUUUUGGGGAUUUGAUCGUUGACGAAGAUUUAUUUGAGUACAUUAAGACGGUUGAUAAGGCAAUGCAUGUGCUGUUGUCGAUGAGUGAGCUACCGGAAGUCUAUUCUUUUCUCGAGACAAGUUCAUUGAUGAAAUUGAUGGCGCCGUCGGCUACGGAUAAGAUUGGGGUUGGGAAACUCAUUGCGAUCGCGAAAGAGAAGGUUGCAAAGAGAUUUAGAGAUAAUAGGAAGGUGAAGUAG